AUGUUCAGGAAUGUCAGCCCUAGAGCGAGUUUUACAGUAAACAAACUAGUGCAGAUCAGGAACAGAGGAAAGAAUUACGUGUGGCUUAAUCCCUCAGAAAAGGACCUUUUGGUCAUUCACGACCCACAGCCACCAGGUGUCAGUUUUAAACAGGGUUCGACCCGGAUUCCAAAGUGGAAUUUGGGUCAGGCCGUUUCAACUAAGCUUAUGGAUCAUCGUCAUGACAGAAUUUCCUUUGUGAUCGAUUCUCCAUAG